GUGACAGCUGCUCGCGCUGAGGAGCUUCCCCCUCACCGGUGAUGGAGGAGCCGCACGCGCUCGCCUCUUUCGAGAAGGAAAUGACCACUUGUGUUUUUGACGCCCUGGAUAUCCAGGGUCACUGACCGGUCACUGUCAGGCUGCGUAAGGUGCUUGCUUUCCGCGUGAACGUGCGUGCUGCUGUGAAGAGACCCGGAGAGGAUGAGCGCUCCUGCUUCAGUGACUCCAUGGCCAAAUGCCUCGGACUUCACAACAUCCCAGCUCAACAAGUCAUGUGAUAACUGCAGUCAUUUCAAAUUCAUGGCGUACACUGUCACGUACAGUAUAGUGUUUCCCGUCGGGCUGCUCAGCAAUCUGGUUGCUCUGUAUGUGUUCCUGCGACACACCCCCAAGAAGACCGCCAACACCGUAUUCAUGACUAACCUCGCCAUAAGUGAUGUUUGUUUCACCUUAACGUUGCCCUUUCGCCUCAUCUACUACUUCAGGGAAUGCCACUGGGACUUUCUAGAUUGGUUGUGUCGCUGGUGUGUCUACUCCUUCUACGUGAACCUCUACACCAGCGUGCUUUUCCUUACGGGUCUAAGUGUGCUGCGCUAUAUCGCCGUGGUGCACCCCAUCCGCAACAAGUCCCUUGUGACGGUGCGGCGGGCCAGUGUGGCAUGCUUUGGAAUCUGGGUGUUCGUAGCAGUCAUGUCCGUCCCUUUCCUCUUGUCAGGGACUCUGAAAGAUGGCGAAAAGACACGCUGCUUUGACCCUGGACACAAAAAAAACUGGAUGCGGAUACUCUACCUCAACUAUUUGGCACUCAUCUUGGGCUUCCUGAUUCCUUUUGUCACCAUUCUGGUCUGUUACGGAUGCAUAAUCUGCAAACUGUUUGCAGGUCAGAAAAUUCAGAAUCACAAGCGGACACACCGGCUGCGCUCUGUGUACCUGAUUGCCGUAAUCCUGACUACCUUCCUGCUGUGCUUCUUACCGUACCACAUUGUCCGCACGGUUCACCUGCAUGCCAUUGUCUCGAGGAAUAACUGUAGGCUGGAGGAGCAUCUCCUGAGGGUUCCUGUUCUGACACUUUGUGUUGCAGCUUCCAACAGCUGCCUGAACCCCCUCAUGUACUACUUUGCUGGGGAGAGUUUCCGUACAUCCUUCCGCAGAGCCUCACGCCGAGGAACGUUUAGCUCCGAGAACAGUUUCCACUUGUCAUUCCAGUGGAGGAACAGAUCGAGCAGGCAAUCGCGACGACAGAUGCCAAGCAGUCUACUGGCCCCAGAAAAAAAGCAAAACAUUAAGUGUAACAAACAGUGAAUGCCACACUGUUCUUCUGAACCCCAACAAAAAGCUGUGAUGGACCACAUCUCAAUGUGAGGACUUGUGUUAAAGAUAACAGGCAAGGGUUCAGUGAGUGAAUGGACUGAUUUACUCUGGAUCUUCUUUCCUGAAUAAGACUGUAGGGCAGGGGUUUCAAACUACUGGGCCAUUUUCCACAUCCAGCUCAUCACAUACUUAGAAUUGAUCCUAAAAUGUUACCUGCACAUCUUUUUUUGUAGUUUCUGCAGAUAAAUAUUUACAACUGACGUGUAGGUAUGCCUCACCCACCAGACACUGUGACUGGUUAAACAACAUAAGCUAUAUAAAAGUGAAAAACAGAGCGCUGCUCACAGGAGGAACCAUUCAAACAAAAACCUGACGCAGUGUGAACGCUGCAUACGGAGCAGUCAUGGUUAACUAAUACAGCUAUUACUCUAAUUCAGACCAAAAGUUAGUUCAAUCUGCCUCUGUGGAUUCAUACAUGAAAAGUGGUAGACAGAGCAAGUAAGAAUAAAGAAAUGAGAGGAAUUAUGUAAUGAAUCCACUGAGAAGUGCUGAUUUAACAACAGCACUUCACUCGCAUUCAGCAUGAAAGAUAUCAGAGUAAGAGUCCAACAUAAUGCAUAGUUUACUUAAUUGACCAACAAAAUAUUCAUUAAUAUGAAUGCUGUCUAACUACUAGAACACCUGUAGAGGUCAUUUUGACCAUUUGAAUUGUACAUGUUUAUUAAUAUCACAUCAGAGAAUAAUUGAAAAGUGUAUCAUUGCAGAAAUAAUAAUAAUAAUAAAUGUGUUUAUAUGCACUUGAGUAAUCAGAUAAUGUAAAACUCCAGGUCUACAUGAGUCAGGCAGUAAUCAGAUCAGCUUUGCAACUGGCCAAUAAACUCACAGAAGAAGACGUGAUGUAAACAUAAUGUAAAACUCAAACUUCAUGCCGCAGCUUUUUCAUUAAACAUUGCACUACUUUCCCUUUAUGCUCCAAAAGUGUUUUGUCUCGCGGCAACACUGCAUUGCUUAUUUCCGGCACCGCCGUCUGUUUUUGCACGUGCACAGACUGAGAAAUCGGAAAGAAAUCAGAGUAAGAGUCACAUGCUCUGAGAAAUCUGAUCACUGAGCUAAAAUCCAGCCUUUUUAUCGAAUUUCCAGACCUCAUUCUGAUCUAAGAAAUCGGAGGAUGCUGUUUACAUGACCGAUUAUGAUCAGAUUAUUAACUGCAUGUAAACACACUCAAUGACAGUGUUUUCUGUAAGAGAAGCAUCGAAUUUCAAAUGAAUUACUUUCACACGGGAACAACAAACAUAAAAGCUCCCAUCUUCAGCACUGCACUGUAUCAUAGGCGCUGGUUAAAUGUUCUCAUCUCAUCUUUUUCCAGAUCUAGCAUCACGUUUAGCAUAUAUUUACAGUCAAUCAAAACUAAUUUUGAUUAACAUAUUUAUUGGGUUCUAUACUAUAGCGUGUAUUGUCUGACCUGUCCUAUCUUAUUGUUAUUGUUUCAUUCUGUUCUGGAUUGUACCGGGCAAACUGUUUUCUAAUUCUUUCCAGAUAUUUCAAGAAGUAAAUGAGAAGCGGCGAGUAGGCUACUGAAUAACUGCUAAAGACCUGCUGGAAUACUGAAAAAACCAGCCGGCUCACAGGGAUUAAAAACAAUAUAUUUUAUAUGGUCAAAAUGAUCGUUAAUGGCCUUACGAGGUAGAAACACUCUGAACUUUUUGUGCUUUUUAAUAUUGAUCUCAUAACAAUGUCGGAAAGAAUAUGCACUAAUUUAGGAAAGGUAUGGGAGCAGUAGAUAUGGGGCUGUUAUUUGGUAAAGACAAUCCCAUCUUAAACAUUUGAAAUGGUCAAAAUGACCAUCUAGGCCAGGGGUGUCAAAUCUAUCCACUAAAUGGACCAUAUCUCAAUAAAUCUGAGGGGCAGCAGUGUUUCAUUUAUUUGUACAUAACAUUUUGCUAUGACCCUAACUGACCAUUGUUUAUUUAAAAUAUGCCAAAACUACAAUGGCAAAAAAAUAGGCACUGAAUACUUAAACUAUUCCAAAAUCAUUUUAAUUAAAAAGAAAUUGUUUAAUAUACAAUAAUAGGCCACAUUAGCUGCAGAUCACUGUUACACAGUAGGGUUUUUAAAUCUGUCUCUUUGCUUGAAACAGACACCUGGCAUCUCUUUAUUGCCGCUGUCCCAUAGAUCGUUGUUGAGGAGGGGGUGGGAGCACACAUUACGUUGCAGUGCAUGCUGUGAAACGGGCUAAUAUUAAUAGAAAAUGUAAAUAAUCUUACAGGCUGAAUAGGAUUGUGCCACGGGCCUGACUUGGCCCGCAGGCCUUGAGUUUAACACGUGGGAUCUAGACAUAUAUGUAAAUUUAAAUAAUAAUUUACAUGUAAUCAUUUACAAAGUUGGGUAGAAUAAAUAGGUAAACUUUAUAUACUUAAAUUCAAACACGGGACACAUUUUCCUCCCUUCUCUUUUUCAACUGCCUCCCCCCUUGAAAAAGACCUGGCUUGUGUCAAAUGUGAGUUUGAGACCCCUGCUGUAGGGUAACGUAUUGCUUUGUGUUGAGCACCUUUUAUAUUUAAAACAAACAGAAAAGAAAAGGAAAAAAAAGAGCAGUGAAAGUUUGAUUUCACCAGAUGUCAUUUGACUGAAGGUGAAACUUAAUAUUAAUCCUACAUGAGAUGCAAGUAAUUCCAACUCUCCCACAUUCUGCUGUAAACCAUCGGUGACACAUCAAUAACAUCCGUCUCCAUAGCAGUGGCACAGAACAGUUUUCUACUUGCUUGAAGAACCGAUGUCAGUUGUAAAAUAUGAUCGUUAUAUAAUCGCUGAUGGAAGAAGGCGUAGCCUGCUUCCAGUUUAACAGCCACUUAGCAAAGCGGCUUCCAAAUAAGAAUGAGGUAAGAUAUUGAUAGGAGGUUGUGCUGAGGACUGUAUUGGGCAGUUUCUGACUGACCAUCUCCCACCACAGCAAUACGGUCAUUUACUUUCUUACUGAGAAGUACAUCAUUUCCAUUUCUGUACACAUUUUAUAGAACAUAAGGUCACAUUCAUGUGUCACCUGGCAGUUUUAGUUAAACCUGUUUGCGUACUGUUUUGGCCCUGAGUCAGAUCCCAGUGUGCUUUCCAGUGAAAAUGACUCAAUACAAAGGCAUAUUUUGGUGUGUAUUUAUUUUUUCUACCAUUGUCUGGCCAUGUUAUUAUCUAACCCACCUUUUUAGUAUGUUUUCUACCAGACCUGGGUGCCUAAAACCUAAUACCAUAACCAUGAGAACACAGUCGAGAACGUCCUGCAUAGCCGUCAGUCUCUUUAGGGUCUAAAAACAUAAAAAAUAGAUCAGCUGGCAUUAAACUGCCUGGAGCAGAUUGUGUGGAAUCCAUCACCACUCAUUAUACCAAGGAUAUGGAACUAGCAGUUAUUAGUUAUGAGGAACUCCAUGCGACACGCUUUCUUGGAGCGCUUCCCAGUAAUCAUGUUUCCCAGUAAUCCUAAGCAGUUGCUUUUUUUUUCAUUCACUCCCAAUGAGGGAGGAUGUGUGGGGCCAAAUUCCCAGCUCUAAAUAAAGAUUAAAAGCUUUCAUAGGAAAUGUGAGCACAAUGAGUAUCAAUUCAAAUUGGAGAACAGAAAACUGUUUGGACUUAAUACCUUUACAGGGAAACACAUUACGUGACGAAUGAGGCUCGUGUUUUGAAGUCAUCCGUGUAAGUUUAGAGCAGGGCCAGGUAAUCUCUCGUGUUAAUCUGCUCUGAAAAUGCUUCAGCAUGUUGUUUUGUUUUUUCUUCUGUCCAUUUGAACUUUUAACACGGGUAGCAUCUGUAGCUCAUACUAAUUUUUGGAGUACAUGUGGAAUGAAUAUUAACACCUGUACAGCCAUAAGUAAAUUCAUUCACUCCUGGUCAAAGUGCUUAUUUUAUUGACUCUCUAUAUGAAAAUAAGUCAACACACAACACACCUAAUUAAGUAAGUAAGUGAUACUUUUUUAAUCCCACAAACGGGGA